CUUUCUUUUUCUACCAUUUUUCUCCAUUCAAGCUCCCUUCCUAAUCCUUAUCUACUCCUUUUUCUGGCAACAAAUUUUAUCCUUCUUUGCUUGAGCAGUGAGCAGCAGCAACCAAAUCCUACUAUGUAAGGCUAGCUACGCAUGAUUUGGGUCACCAAAUAGAUUUCCAUCCUGCCAGUGCCUGAGAUGUGAGCAGUGGUGAGAUGCCGAUGAACUCACGGAGAUGGAGCAGGGAUGAGGAAGAGGGAUGGCCCGGCGGGUGGGACGGGCUGGAACUUUGGAGCGGGUCUGGCGAGUCCGGCGGGCUAACACGGGCCAACUUGCAAAACGGGCCAAUGCAUGAAAUCAGCCCGUUUUUAAGCCCGGGUCCAGUUCAACCGGUUCAAUCGAUCGGAUCGGGCCGAGUUUUAAAACCAUGCUUUCUGCUUCCUUGGAACCCCAGGGCCUAGGUUCGGAAGAACUUGUGCCUGGGUUUCAAGGAACUCAGGCGCUGGAUUCCUCCGAACCCAGUGGCAGAAAAUUAAAAAAAAAAAUUUUUUAUUUUGUUUGUGAGUUUUGUUAUUUGAUGAUGAUGAAAAAAUUAUAAGGGUAGAG